CUUUACCCAAAGAAAAAAUAAGUUAAUCACGAUAAACUGAUAAAGUAUCUAAAAUGGCUCUUUACAAAGUUAGUUUCCUUGCUCACCUACUUUUUCUUGGAAUAUUUAUACUAGUAAGCAGGGUGGAACAUGUUAAUGCUUGUACGAAAGAAUGUGGUAAUCUUGGCUAUGGGAUAUGCCCAGGUUCAGAAGGAAGUCCAGAAAAUCCAAUUUGUACCAAUUGUUGUUCGGGCUAUAAGGGUUGCAACUAUUAUAAUGCUAAUGGAACUUUUAUUUGUGAAGGAAUGUCUAAUCCCAAAAAUCCUAACACUUGCCCCUUAUAUUGUGAUCCACAAAUUGCCUAUUCAAAAUGUCCCCGUUCAGAAGGAAAGACGAUAAUUUAUCCCACGGGAUGUACCACGUGUUGCACGGGAUACAAGGGUUGCUACUAUUUUGGUCAAGAGGGGGAGUUUGUGUGUGAAGGAGAGAGUAUUGAACCCAAGGGUUGUACUCAAGAAUGUGACCCUAGAGUUGCUUAUAUGACUUGCCCAUCUUCUGGAUUGGCCAAACUUAAUGAAGUUUGUGUUAAUUGUUGUACCGCAGGAGAGGAUUGCAAACUCUAUGAACAUGAUGGAUCUUUACUUUGUACUGGGGAGCCUCAAGCCAGUACAGCAUAAGGAAGUUGGUUAUUUCUAUUCAAUGAUAAUUGAUAUAUGUGUUGUACUUUAUUAAUGUAUGAAAUAAAAGCAUGAAUGGUGAUAUAUAUAUUAUGCUACUCCUUUAACAUAGUAUAAAAGUCAAAUU